CGGGCUUUAGGAUCAGUAGGAUGCAUGUGUAGGAGGCUGAAGUUGACGGCUUGCGCCGACCAGCGCCGACUGUUGUUGUUCUCGUCUUCGCUUAAAUAUUCGUUAAAUAGAACCCAGAUUGUCAAAAUUUUCAAAACAAUAAUGUUUAACGUAAUGAGGUGCCAUCUCCCCAAUCAGGGCUUGCGUCAAUUGAAAAAAUUGUCGGCCUAUUCGUCAUUUAAGUUAUAUUUAUCCACGUCAACUAUGAUUAACAAGGAGCAAGAAUCGAAAAGCUACAGAGUCGAGAGAGACACGUUCGGAGAAUUGAAGGUCCCCUCAGACAAAUAUUAUGGCGCGCAAACCCUUCGGGCAGUGAUGAACUUUCCAAUCGGCGAUACGUUCGAACGUAUGCCCUGCAGGCAGAUAAUGGCUAUGGGCAUAUUGAAGAAAGCUGCUGCGGAAGUGAACAAAGAGUACAAUUUGGACCCUAAAGUUGCCGAUGCCAUUAGCAAGGCAGCGGAUGACGUAAUAAGCGGAAAGUUAUAUAACGAUCAUUUCCCCUUGAUUAUCUGGCAAACUGGAUCUGGCACGCAAACUAACAUGAACGUCAAUGAGGUCAUCGCCAAUCGUGCAAUCGAGAUACUCGGUGGUGAGCUCGGCUCGAAGAAACCUGUGCACCCGAACGAUCACGUUAACAUGUCGCAGAGUAGCAACGACACAUUUCCAACGGCUAUGCACAUAGCUGUCGCCUUGGAGAUCCAUAAAGUACUGCUUCCGGGCUUGGAAGUGCUACAUAAAGCAUUGAAGGAAAAAGCGGACGCGUGGAAAGAUAUCAUAAAAAUUGGUAGAACACACACCCAGGACGCGGUACCAUUGACAUUGGGUCAAGAGUUUUCAGGAUACGCUACGCAGGUCGAAUACGGUAUUAAGAGAGUGAAAGAUACGCUUCCAAGAUUGUAUCAAUUGGCUCUUGGUGGCACGGCGGUCGGGACCGGUUUAAAUACGCGAAAGGGAUUUUCGGAAAAGGCAGUUGCGAAAAUUGCUCAGCUCACUGGCCUGCCGUUUGUCCCCGCUCCAAAUAAAUUUGAAGCUCUGGCCGCGCACGAUGCGAUUGUCGAAGUACACGGCGCUUUUAAUACAUUGGCCGUUUCUCUAAUGAAAAUUGCAAAUGACAUUAGAUUCCUUGGAAGUGGGCCCAGAUGCGGUUUGGGAGAAUUGUCUCUUCCGGAAAAUGAGCCCGGUAGUUCUAUCAUGCCAGGGAAAGUAAAUCCCACACAGACCGAAUCGUUGACCAUGGUGUGCAGUCAAGUAAUGGGUAAUCACGUGGCGAUAACUGUCAGUGGUAGUAAUGGCCACUUCGAGCUUAAUGUCUUUAAACCAAUUAUGGUUGCGAACACCUUGAGAUCUGCGAGAUUGUUGGGCGAUGGCUGCGCCUCGUUCACCAAAAAUUGUGUCGUAGGCAUUGUACCGAAUCUCGAUAAGAUAAAGAGCAAUUUGAAUGAAAGUUUGAUGCUUGUCACAGCAUUGAAUCCACAUAUCGGUUACGAUAAGGCUGCUAUGAUCGCAAAGUACGCGCACAAAGAAAAGAUCACGCUAAAGGAGUCUGCGUUGAAAAAUGGAAUUACGGCGGAACAAUUCGAUCAAUGGGUUAGACCCGAACAAAUGCUUGGGCCGAAAUAAUAUGUUAAAAAAGUACUUAAUAGAAAAUAUAUACGAAGAAUAUAUUUAUGUUGUUGCGUA